CACCCUCCUUGAGCAGAUACGAAGCACUCCUCUUCAUUUGAUCAUGUCGUUCAGCAAGCAGGUUGCGGCGGCCGCCUUCGCCUUGGCCUUCCUCCUCCUCACUUCAGAUCUUGCAGUUGGAGUUGCAGUUGCAGCAGCUGGAGCCGAAGAAGAAACAAUAGCACCGUUAAACACAUGUGAAACCCCAACCUGCAUUCCCUGCUGGGGCCAAAACGCAAUUUGCAUUCCCGCUUGCGUUGCAAUGCGCUUCACUGGCGGUUUCUGCAAUGGUAAGAACUGCGUAUGCACCAAGCCGUGCCUUGCGCAGUCAGAGACAGAGGCAGGUGGGCCAACACAGCAGCCGCCCGUGUGCAUCAACUGAUGGACGUACUAUGUAGCUUGUUGGCCGCCAGCUUGCGGAGGAAUGUAAAAAUAAACUUUCAGUGUUAAAAUAGAAAUAUAUAAACAAUCCAGGGCAGAGCUGGGUUACUUUGCCAUGUAUCAGAUUCAUGCUAGUUAUUUGAAGGGUUGUCAUCCGAAUCUUUGACAUAUGUGUCGAGCAAGAGAAAUUUAUCGCAAUUCUAAAUUUA